GGCCCGCCCCUCUAGCAGCAUGGAACCCGCCUGGCGCCCUCAGCCCUGAGCCCAGCGUGGUGUCUGCGUGAAAUCCAAAACUGCGUGUGGAGCCCAGCACCUUUGCUACCUGUGAUCUAAGGCACAGAGAUGAAGAUGAUGUAAAUGCCUAGAAGAAUACCAAACAGGCAAACCUUUGAUUGUUGUCAACCUGGGCUGAAAAUCCUGACGUACAGAACUUCACUACUGAUCAGGAUGAAAGAGUGGUGGAUUCAGGUGGGGCUGCUGAGCGUACCCCUCCUUGCUGUUUACUUGCACAUCCCUCCACCUAAGCUGUCCCCAGCCCUUCACUCAUGGAGGGCAUCAGGAAGGUAUUUCACAUACAAGACCCAACACAUCUUUUAUAGAGAUUCAUCAGGUGCACUCGGCAGUUCAGAUAUUGUGGUUCUGUUACACGGCUUCCCAACCUCCAGCUACGAUUGGUACAAGAUUUGGGAAGGGCUGACCCAGCGAUUUCACAGAGUGAUCGCUCUGGAUUUUGUAGGAUUCGGUUUCAGUGACAAGCCUAGGCCCCAUCGCUAUUCCAUUUUUGAGCAGGCCAACAUCGUCGAGGGGCUGCUGGGGCACCUGGGUCUCCGAAAUCAGAGGAUCAACCUCCUGUCUCAUGACUAUGGAGACACAGUUGCACAGGAACUGCUCCACAGGUAUGAACACAAUAAAACUGGAUGUGUCCUGAUCAACAGCCUCUGUUUAUCCAAUGGAGGUAUUUUCCCAGAAACUCAUUACCCCCGGAUCAUUCAGAAGAUUCUCAAGGAUGGUGGCCUACUGUCCCCCAUCAUCACGCGGCUAAUGAACUACUACUUCUUCUCCAGAGGACUUGGGGCAGUCUUUGGUCCGUAUACGCAGCCUUCAGCGGCGGAAUACUGGGACAUGUGGACAGCAAUCCGGACAAAUGAUGGAAACCUUGUUGUUGACAGUAUUUUACAGUAUAUAAAUCAAAGAAAGAAGCACAGAGACCGUUGGGUUGGGGCUCUGACAUCCACCUCUGUUCCAUUGCAUCUAAUCUAUGGGCCCUUGGAUCCUGUGAAUCCAUAUCCAGAGUUUCUUCAGCUCUACAGGAAAGUGCUUCCUAUGUCUACUGUCUCUGUUCUGGAUGACCACAUUAGCCACUAUCCACAGCUUGAAGAUCCUACAGGCUUCCUGAAUGCAUAUUUGAACUUCAUCAACUCCUUCUGAGCAGCAAGGUGGUCUUUCCCUCUCAUGCUUUGGCUCAGUGGUGUCUACUGUAUGAGCCAGGGUGCUUUCAUUUCCAGAUCUGACACUUCACUUUCCUGUUCUGUGCAGAGUGAUCUUUGGGUAUGUUAGACUGCUGCAUACGCGUAAGGAAUUGAACCUUUGAACACUGGGAAGGAUUAACCUAAAGGGAGGCAUGAAAGACAAUGUGCACAUCCAAGGGAAGUUAGGGGAUACUGAUAGCAGUUCUGGCCCUGGGCUGACUUCCUAGGCCGGAGGGCACAGUUGGGAACUAGUGGUGAGGGAGAGGUAGGUCACUGCUAAUCAUGCUAUUCCAAGACUCCUUCCCUGUCCUUGUGGCCAGAAGAAGCCCAGCCUAUCCCAGGAAGCCAGAACCCCAUUUGCAACCACAUGCCAUUUAGUUUGUUUCCAGAACAGUAGCUCUUUCUCUUCUCUGAAAGUGCAUUUAACUGAGCUACUGUCUAGACAAGUUUUAAAAUGGGAAAAUACCUACAUUAUAAAGAUGUGAACUAGUAAUUAGUUGUCAGGCCUUGUUACCUAAUUCUUCAUUUGAAGGGCUUGUCUACACAUUGACUAUGCUGCUCUAGUUAGGGCAGCAAAAUCCCCUUUGUGUGAAUAGUUAUACUGUGGUGAGAGUGCUCAGCUUGGCAGAACUGUCUACAGAAGGGCUUUUACUGGCACAGCAUCUCCCCUGACUAACCCUGUUGUACCAGUAAAAUGUAAGCGUGGAACAGUCCUAAAAGGCAAGUUUCCUUCACCACCUAACCUCUGUUAUUAGUACUCAACUCCAUAAUGCAAUAACAAGGUGCAAAUUAAGGUGCAUUGUAGCCUCACCAGUGUGUCUUGGAAGAGAUGUGCUCUACUGUACAUACAGUGCCAGAAUCAGCCUGAAGCAUAAAGUCAAGAGGGCUCUUUACUUGAAGUGUUAUUUUCAGAAGCUAUGUGUAUACUACACAAUUUAUAACAAUCCUAAGACUGAUUGCCAAUAUUAAAGCAAUAACUAUCCU